CAAAAGCAAGCAUGUCUCCGCCAGAGAGCUUGGGCGCUGCCGACUGUGCCGUGUUUGGAGUACUCACAGCUCUGGGGUACCUGGUGGGGCUCUACUUCUCCAUAGCUCAUCGCCGACGCCAGGUUGGAGCAGCUGCUGGAAGUGGCGGAGCUGCAACAGAAGUGUUCCUUGGAGGCCGCAGCCUCCCUGAGGCUGCUCUUACCGUGUCCCUUCUGGCCUCCAUUGUGAACGGAGUUACAGUGGUGGGCUUUCUGGGACACUUUUACGCACACGGAUUCCACCUGAUGUGGGUGUUGACUGGCAUACCGCUGGCGAUGAUCAUCACGUCGACUACUUUGGUGCCGCUACUCUACGACAUGAAGGCCGCCUCCAUUUUCCAGUUCCUACGCCUGCGCUUCGACAACAAAGUCGGCAUUACCGCCUGCAUCAUCUACUUCGUGUUAAGUCAAACAUUAGGAGCUGUGGGCAUCUACAGCGCCGCCAUUGGGAUUUCCACCAUGUUUUCCUUCCCACUGCUUUACGCCAAUAUUGCCAUCGGCCUCGCCGGGACAAUUUACACAGCGCUUGGAGGACUACGCAGUGUCGUGUGGGCGGACUGUGUUCAAGCACUAGUGAUGCUUGCGUCUCCUGCAAUCAUCAUUGGUAAAGUGAUAUACGACUCUGGCAGUGCAAGCCCACCGCUGAGGCCGAUGAGUGAUCUCAACGUAACAGAAUACAUACUUCGCACAAACGUGGACUUGACGAGCGAUGAGAACGUGUGGACUGCCUUGGCAGGUGCACUGCCUUACAGUCUUGCGCGAACGGGAUUUGACCAGAUGGCAGUUCAACGAUUCAUGGCGGCGAGGACUUUACGAGAAGCGAAAAGGAUUGUCAUCACCGGUGCUCUCUUCGUAUUAUCAUUCUUCGCACUCGCAGCAUUCGGCGCCCUUGCGAUAGUUUACUGGUACAGAGACUGCGAUCCAGUCCUCGCUGGUGUCAUCAGAAGCUUUGACCAGUGCUCCGGGGGUUAUUCCUGGCAGGACUGCUCGGGGCUUCGACAAGCACGGUGUCGUCAAUCGUCAACUCCCAUGCGGCCACAUUCUACAUCGACGUCGUCUCACCGUAUGUCAACAUGAGCGACAGGACAGCCGCGAACGUGAUGCGUCUUCUAGCAUUGGCAAGCGGCACCAUAAUGACCCUAUUUGCCAUCGCAGUACCAUUUCUUGGCACAGCUACAAGGCUGUUUGUUUCCUUGUACUCCUCGGCUUCGGGCCCAUUCUCCGGUCUGAUACUUCUCGCCAUCUCAUCUCCUUGGGUGAACGCGAAGGGCGCUGCGUGGGCAAGUAUUCUGGUCUGCGUACUACAGCUGUGGCAUGCGGUGGGAAGGAUGCUGUCGGCAGUCCCUCCACCUCCCGUGAUUACCGGAACGCUGGAGAGAUGCCCGUCGCUCUCCAACGACACCGGGGUGCUCGCUGGCUCUCGCAUCCUUGCUGAUGAACCACUGCAGUACGGACUCUACGUGUUCCCGCUGUACCGGCUGUCGUUCUUCUGGAUCACCUUCAUCGGAGCCCUCCUCACGAUCCUUUUAGGAACAGCGCUGAGUCUCGUUACAGGCG